AUGGUGGCCAAGGAGGUGAGCCAUGCAUUGGCAUUGCACCGUGGUGUCAUGGCCAUGCCGCGUGGCCCAACCAAGCUGGACACACGAGAGAAUCCCUUUACGCAGGUCACGCACUAUCGCUUGAGGGCGGUAUCGAUGAGUCGGAAACUCUUCAGUGGUUUCCUCCUCCUGUACCGUUUACUGGCAGCCACGCUCUUGGUCAUUGUGGGGACCACAUUCUUGGUCUACACGGUGAAUGUGACCGAGUUAAUUCUCAAUGCUGUGGCUCUGGGCAUCAUCUUGGAUAUCGAUGAUUUACUCUUCGAUGCCUUGGCUACAACACCAGGUCGACAUUUGGUUCAUCAACUGGACCCUUUGCACAUGCCAUCCAUGCCUCGAGUGAGGGGUGCUGAUGCCAAAUCAGUCUUCAUGAGUGUCUUCAUUCCUGGGCUCACCAUCUUGGUGUACUACUUCAUGCUCGAGCCCUUUGUUGGAACCUUGACCCAGGUCAAGAGCGCCAUGUGCGGUGGAAAUCAGAACUUCGUGUGGAGCACGGACAAACGCAGGAUCACCCACUUGUCACCGACCUUCGGUGGUGGCUGGGAAGAGGAAGAGGACAGCAUCAAGACGGAUGCCAUUGUCGAGGGUGAGACCAUUGGAUACGGCUUGUCCAUGAAUGAAACCCGCUUUGGUGUCUGGGUGAGUGAUGUGACGGUGCUCAGCGACUUGGAGGCCGCAGACCUGGAUGAUUUGAUCGAAGAAGGAAACGUCGCUUGUGGAGAUCUGGGAAAUCAAGAGCCCUUGUUGAACUAUUUGAGAUACAUGCUGGGCAACGAGAGCAUUCAGUCGUGCGCGGAUGCCACCAUGCACUGCAGCUCUAUCACCAAGAUGCCCGAGUUUGCCCUGGAUGGUGGAGUCGGAUGGUCCACGCGGAUGUUGUGCUCUGAAAGCUGCGGCUGCCAGAACCCCGGAGGAGACUUCAUCAACGUCCAAGGUUGUCCCUACAACGACGGAGAGUGCAAAGCCUCGGUUCCCUUUCAGGAACACAAAGAAAGUGGUUUGUGCUUGGACCGAAAUGCCUCCACGCUCCGAGAGUUGGGAUCUUGGAAAGAGUGGAUCAAGACUAUCCGAUCCUAUGGCGAAUCGGCCUCGGAUCUCUUAAGUGGAAAGUCUGAUGCCCUCCUCUUGGCACAGGCCAUGGAGGACAAUGGCUGUGGCUUUUUGUCCAACCUGAGUGCGCAGAACAUCUCCUUGGGCGGAUGCUUCAGUUGGGACAACAAAUUCACUUGGGAGUUCAAGACGCUUGAGUUCUUUUGCCCCAUCACAUGUGGAUGUUCAAGCGACAACUCCCAGCGCUCUGGCUGUCCAGAACCCUUUGGCAAAAGCUGCGAUCAGCUCAGUAGGUCACGAUGUCUCACCUGGAACGAUCAGCAUUUUUGUCCAGGCUUCAAUACAGAGAUCAUCUAUGCGCUGAUGAUGUAUGACUACUCUUCACCGGACGUGAUGAAUGCCAACAAAGAAGCCGCUCGUUUGGCCUUCCGUGAAGCCUUUGCUCAAUAUGCCGGUCACACCGAAGCCAUCGAUGUGAACACCGUGACCGUGGACUUAGGCUGGCUUGGCUUUGUCUAUGCCAGAGUUUAUCUCACCGACUUGGCAACGAUGAAUUCCACCGAAAUGACUGCGUCCCUUUACUCAACUCCACUGGAAGAUUAUCAGGCGGCGGUCGACGCAAGUUUGCUCUCCUCGGGAGUGACGCUGAGUGAUCUUGCACUCACACUCAGCUUUGCUGGCGAUCCCAAGGGUCCCUACGGCGGCUACGGCUACGGCUACUCCGACUAUGCGGCAUAA